AGCCGAACAAGCAGCCCGGAACCCGGUGCGACUUAGACAGUCGAAGGGCUGAAUCCUGGAGUUGAGUUACUUUUUGAGGAUAUAGAAGCCCAAGUAAUACACUGGAAGUUAUUGUUGAACCAAACAUAACUGAUGGUACUUGACAGAGGAGCAUCACCCAUUGAAGAAGGUAAUCAGCUUCAAGACUACCCUGGACCAAUGGAUGAUACUGGAGAGGAGUCAUGUGAUGCUAUCAUGAAGGAUCCUCGAAAUGGAUCCUCUGAGAACCAUAGUACACCUACAGUAAAGGAAAGUGAUCCUGGUUUUGAGAUGACUCCUGGUGCAGUUCAAAUACCUGAAAGUGGAGCAACCAGCUUUAGUUUUAGGAAGUUGUGGGCUUUCACCGGUCCUGGUUUCCUGAUGAGCAUAGCCUACCUUGAUCCAGGCAACAUAGAGUCAGAUCUUCAGUCAGGUGCUGUAGCUGAAUACAAGCUACUAUGGGUAUUAAUGUGGUGUACUGUGAUGGGUUUAGUGUUACAGCUACUUGCCGCCAGGUUGGGAUCUGUCACAGGUUAUCAUCUGGCUCAGGUGUGUUAUAGGGAGUAUCCAACUGUUCCUCGUAUAGCUCUCUGGAUCAUGAUUGAGAUUGCUAUCAUUGGAUCAGAUAUUCAAGAAGUUGUUGGAUCUGCUGUGGCAAUCAAUCUGCUGUCGAAUAACAAGAUACCAAUUUAUGCAGGCUGCCUUAUCACUGGUGUGGACACAUUUACAUUCCUCUUCUUAGAAAGUGCAGGUCUACGCAAAUUAGAAGCAUUAUUUGGAGCCCUGAUUACAACUAUGGGAGGAGCUUUUCUUUACAUGUACAUUGUUGUAGCCCCAGACCAAGGUGAGAUCUUGAAGGGUAUGUGGUUUCCAUGGUGUGAAGGAUGUCAUCUACCUGCUAUUCAACAAGCUGUAGGCAUCGUUGGGGCUGUCAUCAUGCCCCAUAAUAUCUACCUCCAUUCUGCUCUAGUACUGACUCGCAAGGUGGAUCACAAAGAUAAGAGCAAGGUUCGAGAAAGCAACAUGUACUAUUCAAUAGAAUCAGCUAUCGCAUUGUUUGUAUCAUUUCUUAUCAACCUGUUUGUUGUGGCCGUCUUUGCUGCUGCAUUCUAUCCUUCCCAGGAUGCAACACUCCUCAAUGCUGGUAAAUUGAUUCAUGAUAAAUAUGGUAAUGUGAUGAAGAUUAUUUGGGGCAUUGGUCUCCUUGCUGCUGGUCAGAGCUCAACAAUGACGGUAUCAUAUUCAGUCUGAACUGAAAUGUGACAUAUGACAUUGUUCUUGCAGGGUUUCUUAGGUAUCAAAUGGGCCAAGUGGAAAAGAGUUUUACUGACUAGAUCUAUCGCCAUGGUACCCACUCUCCUAGUGGCUGUGCUUGCAGGGAAUACUCUGGAUGAACUCAAUUCUAUCAUCAAUGUCAUUCAGAGUAUACAGCUUCCAUUUGCUCUUCUACCUAUUCUCUACUUUACCAGCCAGGAGAGACUCAUGGGAGAGUUUAAAAACUCAAGCUUCACUAAAUUUAUAGUAUGGUGCCUUGCAGUACUAAUCAUGGGUGUUAAUUUCUACUUGGUUUUUGCAGAACUUGCUGACAAACCAUGGUGGGCAUAUUUCCUCAUGAGCAUAUUGGGUGUGAUUUAUGUUAUAUUUGUAGGAUAUUUGGCAUUUGGCAUUGAACUAUCACACAAGAUUAAGUGCUGGACACUUAAGAUGGCAGGAAAGAUGGAAUAUACCAGACUAGAAGAGGACUUUGUGACAAGAAGACCUCGCUAUCCUCAGACCCCGCCCUUACCCCAGGAGAGAACAGAAGAUGGGGAAGGUAUUCAGUGAUUAUGACUAGACCAGAAAGGAUAGAGAAGAAUUUUUAGACACACUUGCUAAUAACUUGUAUUUUUAUACUAAUUUGAUAAGUUAAAAUUGUUUUCAUG